UCAAAUAAAAUAGAUUAAAUAAACUGAUAUUUAAGAGCAAAUUGGAUGGAGAUGUCUUCUAGAGAGUCCGCGUCAGACUCGGAGCCGGAGUCGGUAGUAGUCAGUGAAGAUGAAAGUCAGUCGGCCAUUCGCCAAGAUCUUAAGGGCAUGUCCUUCGAGGAGAUUAUGCAGCUCAAGGAAGAGCUGGGCGCCAAGGUCUACAAGGAAGCAGUGCUGGGCAGCAAGAGCGCGCCGGCAAAGCAACGAAAAACAAAAACAGACCUCAAACGUCUCAACAAAAAUCGUCCGCGUGAGAUGAGUUCCAGACGACAGGUUCCCUUCCUUGGCGCUGAGCACCGCGUAGAGCGCAAAAAAGAAGUUGAGCUGCGGGAUCCACGAUUCGAUGAAAAGUCGGGAGACUACAACAUUGAAACCUUCAAGAAAAACUACAAGUUUGUGACGAAAAUACGCGACAAGGAAGUUGGCCAGCUGAAGAAGCAACUGGACCAAGUGGCUGAUGCUGAGGAGAAGAAGAAAAUCAAGCACACCAUGCAAAGGCUCAUCAACAAAAAUGUGGAGGACAAGCGGUGGCACAUCAAGCAACAUUCCUUGAAGAAGGAGCGCGACUACAUCCAAAAGUCCCACAACGAAGGACAGCAACCUCACUAUCUCACCAAGAAGGAACGGCGUGCCAAAGAGCUGGUGGCCCAGUUCGAGCUUCUGAAGAGCACCGGAAAGCUGAACAAGCAUUUGGAGAAGAGGCGGAAGAAGAAUGCUGCCAAGGACAGAAAGCGGAUUGGCAUAGAUUAGAUUUUCUUGCUUUAGUUAUAAAUGUAUAUUAACGAUUAAACAGUUUUCAUAUUGAACUCCUUCCAAACUA